AUGAUUUCUGUACACUUCAAUUUUCUUAAAUAUUUAUAUCCAACAUUAUGUUUUUCAACUUUAAUUUUAUUUACUUUACAACACAAUUCUGAUAAUUUAAAAUCAGAAUUUAAAAAAGGAAAACAACUCAAAAUACUUGUAUAUUCACCCUCUUUAAGCUGGAGUCAUGGCCAAUUUUUGGGAAGGAUUGCGGAUACUUUAGUUGAUGCUGGCCAUGAAGUGCAUUUCCUCAAAUACAUUAUGAGCCCAGAUUUACAACUUAAAAAUGAAACGAGGAAGGUAAAAAGGAUACAUCAAAUUAAACCUAGUUUGGCAAACGCGAAAAAAGUGGACGUUAAAAAUAUGCAUCUAGUCGCAGAUUCCUUCUCUCAAAGGCGGCCAUUUUUGACCUUUUUUGAUCAUCCAAUUAUUGAGUUCGAUCCAAUCAUGGCUACUGUAUGUAAAGAUACACUUAAAGAACAUGAGUUGAUACAAAAAUUGACUAAUGAACAUUUUGAUGUGGGGAUAGCAGAAAUGUAUGAUUAUUGUCCUGCAGCUCUUUUCCAUAAACUUAAAGUUCGAACAAAAAUAAAAGUUGCCGCUAUUCAUUUAAUUCAAAUGAUUAGCCGAAAGUUCGAUAUCCCAAGCUUUGCCAGCUUCAUGCCAAGUAAAGUUUUAUUAAUUUAUUUAUCUUUUUUAUUAUUAUGA